AUGGGAAGUAAUUUCUUAAAUGGGUCAAUUCCUAAGGGAUUCUUUGAUCUCCCAAACAUUUCUAAGGUUUCGCUUCAUGACAAUCUUCUUAGUGGAGGUUUCGAUGAGAUAAUUGGUGAUUGUGUUAAUCUUUGGCAGAUUAAUCUCUCCAAUAAUCAACUAUCGGGGAAGUUACCUGCAAAUACUGGCACUGAGCUCCAAACAUUGUUUCUCCAAUCAAACAAACUCAAUGGAACAAUACCAACGAACUUCUCAAAGUGUGAUUCCUUGAAGUAUCUAGAUUUGAGUGACAAUCAACUAGAAGGAGUUGUACCUAAGUCUUUGUCUAACUGUCGAAGUUUAAAACUCCUAAAUCUCGGGAACAACAAGCUAACAGAUAAAUUUCCCUCGUGGCUAGACAACCUCCAACAACUCCAAGUUUUCAGUGUGCGUUUUAAUAGUUUCUAUGGACCUAUAAUUAGCUCAUCAAAGGUUAAGCGCCCAUUUCCAUUGCUACAAAUUAUUGACCUUUCGAACAAUAAGUUUAGUGGUAAAUUGCCACGAAGAUAUAUCAAAAAGUUUGCGGCCAUGCACAACAUGAACGAGUCUACUCUCAAGAGUCCAGAAUACAUGGACGACUUAUACCGUACAUUUUCUAUCGUGUUGACAUUCAACGGAUUACAACUGAAAUAUGAGAAACUUAUUACGACGAUGUCGAUUUUUGAUAUGUCCAACAACAACUUUGUUGGACAGAUUCCAGAUACCAUGGGGAGAUUACAAUCACUUCGCAACCUUAAUCUCUCUCAUAAUCUCUUUACUGGGAACAUCCCUCCAUCAAUUGGCAAUCUGUCUUUGCUCAACGGUCUAGACCUUUCAUCAAACAGGCUCGUCGGUCAUAUUCCUCAGGAAUUGGGUUUGGGAGAAAUGCCUACUAAAGCCGGAAUUGUGGAAGAUCCAUUCAAAGAUGAAGGAGGGGCUAAGCCUCAAAACAUGUUGUUUGGACAGCCCUGGUGGCAUGGUCUGAGUAACAAUGGUGUCUCUCCUACUUCAGCUUCGAAUGACUCUUCCGCUCGAUCAUCUAGUGGGGAACCAGUAAAUGGUUCUGCCUUGGCUGGCAAUUUUUCAGUGCCCUUGAAUGGGAUACAGGACGCCGGUGGUAAUGCUGGUAAUAUGAGAUUGAUGGUGAGAAUUAAUGUUAAACUAAAGUUUGAGUAG